AUGCUCAAGGGGCUGUUCUCUUUUGAAGCGACUCAAAACAGCUGUGCUCUUCCCCCGCCUCACUGCAAUCUCCCGUCCCCCCACCUCCCAUCUCUUCACCUGCACUGUAUUCCCAUACCCCCACCAGAGCCUUGCACGUGUGUGUCCCACGGCACUGCACGCGCACUGGGCUGUGCUCUUCCCCCACUCCUCCGCUCCCCCUUCUCUCACCCCGGUUUCUUCCCUCACUCCUCUGCUGCUCUUUCCUCUCCCUUCCCAUCUCGUCCCAUCCCAUGCACCCACCAGAGCCUGGCAGGGGUGUAUCCCAGGGCACUGCACGCGCACUGGGCUGUGCUCUUCCCCCACUCCUCCGCUCCCCCUUCUCUCACCCCGGGCACUGCACGCGCACUGGGCUGUGCUCUUCCCCCACUCCUCCGCUGCUGCCCCCAGGUGUGUCUCGCACGCAUACGGUUUGCUCAUGUGACGGACUGCCCUCACAUCCAUGCAUGGAACAUUGCUCUCGCUCUCAAUGACCCCUGCACUUCCCCUGCACUUCCCCUGCACGUCCGGGUCCUCGUCCUCGUUUCUUCUUGCUGCUUUUCUUGCUCUCUCACAGACCACCUACCCCCCACGUGCCUACCCCCCACGUGCCUACCCCCCACGUGCCUACCCCCCGCGUGCCUACGCCCCGCGUGCCUACCCCCCGUGUGCCUACCCCCCUACGUGCCUACCCCCCACGUGCCUACCCCCCACGUGCCUACCCCCCGCGUGCCUACCCCCCACGUGCCUACCCCCUGCGUGCCUACCCCCCGCGUGCCUACCCCCCGCGUGCCUACCCCCCACGUGCCUAACCCCCACGUGCCUACCCCCCGCGUGCGUACCCCCUACGUGCCUACCCCCCACGUUCCUACCCCCCACGUGCCUACCCCCCACGUGCCUACCCCCCGCGUGCCCCCCCGCGUGCCUACCCCCCGCGUGCCUACCCCCCACGUGCCUACCCCCCACGUGCCUACCCCCCACGUGCCUACCCCCCGCGUGCCCACCCCCCACGUGCCUACCCCACGCGUGCCUACCCCCCGCAUGCCUACCCCCCGCGUGCCUACCCCCCAUGUGCCUACCCCCCACGUGCCUACCCCCCACGUGCCUACCCCCCACGUGCCUACCCCCCACGUGCCUACCCCCCACGUGCCUACCCCCCGCGUGCCUACCCCCCGCGUGCCUACCCCCACGUGCCUACCCCCCACAUGCCUACCCCCCACGUGCCUACCCCCCACGUGCCUACCCCCCACGUGCCUACCCCCCACAUGCCUACCCCCCACGUGCCUACCCCCCCCGUGCCUACCCCCCACGUGCCUACCCCCCACGUGCCUACCCCCCACGUGCCUACCCCCCCCGUGCCUUCCACUUCCCCCUACCAGGUCCUCCUCAGCGUCCCUCCUAGCGCCUCUGCUCGCCGACCCAUCCCCCAAGGUGCGGGUGGCAGCAGCGCAGGCCCUCGCUUCCCUCCUUGACUCGCCUCUCACUCUCACCUUCCUUCAUCGCACUGCUGCCUCUGCGCCCACCCCCCCUGCUGCCUCUGCUGCUGCUGGGGGGCCUCGCACUCCGGGCAAGAGAGCACCAGUGCGAGGGUCAGGAGGGGUGGAGAGUGGUACUGGGGGAACAGAAGGGGUGGAUGGUGCUGCUGGUCAUGCUGGGGGGCUCAUGGACCCUGUCCCUUGCAAUUCACGCCAUAAGUCGUUCCCUCCUGUCUGUCCCUCUGUUCCCCCCGCGUUCAGCUGUGGCGGCAGCGCUGCAUCAGGAGAAGGAUCCCCAGACUCUGUGGCAGUAGUGCUACAGCAGGAGCAGGACCCGUGGACCCUGUCCCUUGCCUGCAAGCUGGCAUCCCUGCUGGCACAAUGCACACCGUACCAUCGCCUGCGUUCCUCCCCUCGUUUGAGUCACAUCCUGCCCUCCGCUCUAGUCACGCGGAUCUCCACUCUUCUCUCGCCAGGCCCCCUGUCCUCCUCCUCCUGGUCCACCAGCAUGUCUUAUAGCGAGGAUGGCAUCUCCACUGCUUCUGCAGCCACAGCAGCAGCAGCAACGGCAUCCCUAGGCCAUGUCCUUUUGCGCUCCACACUCCCUCCGCCACAACCACCCGCCACAGUUACCAGCAGCACGCCAUCAACCAUCACCCUCACGUGCCUGGUGUCGUGGGUGCAGCCUUGCAUUCCCACUGCCGUGCGAGUUGAAGCCCUUCAGGCGCUAGCAGCAUGGGUGUCCACAUUCCCUGCAUCUGCAACCGAGCCCCUCUGGCCCGACCUCUUUGCCCUCAUCACUGCCACAUUGGCACCUCCCACCACACCUGCCAAGCCCGACACUGCCAGCACCUCAGCAACACACACCGCCAUGCAGGAUCAGCUCCCUAUUGCACACGCUGACAGCAGCACGCUGCAGGCUGAUACCACUCUCACUGACCGCCUCCACCCUGCAGCACUCAAGCUGCUGGACCAACUGCUCACCACACUCGCAGCCACGCGAGGAGCAGCAGCGGUAGGCAGUGCAGGACAGGCAGGGCAGCAGCAGCACGAGGCAGAGCUGGGAGGAGGAGGUGGAGGAGAGGGGGAGGAGGAGGGUGAGUCCAUGAGGCGGCAGUUGAAGCCCCAGCAGCAGCAGCAGCAGCAGCAGCAGCAGCAACAAGAGGGGGGGUUAGCCCCCGUCUCCCCAAGCAUGGUAGCACCUGCCUGUUCUGCUACAGCCUGCCACCGUGCUACAGAAGCAUCUACAGCCCACCAUCCUUCCACAUCUCCCUGUGCUACUGUAGAUUCGCCUGCUGUACAUACUGCCUCUGCUGGGAUUGGUAGUGAGCCGACUUCAUCCAAUCAGCUGCUGCCACGUGUCCCUCCUCCUGGUGCCUCGCAAUGGGCUGAGGUGCUCCGCCUUGGCCUGCUGCCUCCCCUCCUCAGACACCCCUCUCCCCCGGUACGAGACCGACCAGUGAAGUACUGCCCUUCCUCCGUCGCCCUCCCUUCCUCCGUCGCCCUCCAUUCCUCCGUCGCCCUCCAUUCCUCCAUCGCCCUCCCUUCCUCCGUCGCCCUCCCUUCCUCCGUCGCCCUCCAUUCCUCCGUCGCCCUCCCUUCCUCCGUCGCCCUCCAUUCCUCCGUCGCCCUCCCUUCCUCCGUCGCCCUCCAUUCCUCCGUCGCCCUCCCUUCCUCCGUCGCCCUCCCUUCCUCCGUCGCCCUCCAUUCCUCCGUCGCCCUCCCUUCCUCCGUCGCCCUCCAUUCCUCCGUCGCCCUCCCUUCCUCCGUCGCCCUCCAUUCCUCCGUCGCCCUCCCUUCCUCCGUCGCCCUCCAUUCCUCCGUCGCCCUCCCUUCCUCCGUCGCCCUCCAUUCCUCCGUCGCCCUCCCUUCCUCCGUCGCCCUCCCUUCCUCCGUCGCCCUCCCUUCCUCCGUCGCCCUCCCUUCCUCCGUCGCCCUCCCUUCCUCCGUCGCCCUCCCUUCCUCCGUCGCCCUCCCUUCCUCCGUCGCCCUCCCUUCCUCCGUCGCCCUCCCUUCCUCCGUCGCCCUCCCUUCCUCCGUCGCCCUCCCUUCCUCCGUCGCCCUCCCUUCCUCCGUCGCCCUCCAUUCCUCCGUCGCCCUCCAUUCCUCCGUCGCCCUCCCUUCCUCCGUCGCCCUCCAUUCCUCCGUCGCCCUCCAUUCCUCCGUCGCCCUCCCUUCCUCCGUCGCCCUCCCUUCCUCCGUCGCCCUCCAUUCCUCCGUCGCCCUCCAUUCCUCCGUCGCCCUCCAUUCCUCCGUCGCCCUCCAUUCCUCCGUCGCCCUCCCUUCCUCCGUCGCCCUCCAUUCCUCCGUCGCCCUCCAUUCCUCCGUCGCCCUCCCUUCCUCCGUCGCCCUCCAUUCCUCCGUCGCCCUCCAUUCCUCCGUCGCCCUCCCUUCCUCCGUCGCCCUCCAUUCCUCCGUCGCCCUCCAUUCCUCCGUCGCCCUCCAUUCCUCCGUCGCCCUCCAUUCCUCCGUCGCCCUCCCUUCCUCCGUCGCCCUCCAUUCCUCCGUCGCCCUCCAUUCCUCCGUCGCCCUCCCUUCCUCCGUCGCCCUCCCUUCCUCCGUCGCCCUCCCUUCCUCCGUCGCCCUCCCUUCCUCCGUCGCCCUCCCUUCCUCCGUCGCCCUCCCUUCCUCCGUCGCCCUCCAUUCCUCCAUCGCCCUCCAUUCCUCCGUCGCCCUCCCUUCCUCCGUCGCCCUCCCUUCCUCCGUCGCCCUCCCUUCCUCCGUCGCCCUCCCUUCCUCCGUCGCCCUCCAUUCCUCUGUCGCCCUCCCUUCCUCCGUCGCCCUCCAUUCCUCCGUCGCCCUCCCUUCCUCCGUCGCCCUCCCUUCCUCCGUCGCCCUCCAUUCCUCCGUCGCCCUCCCUUCCUCCGUCGCCCUCCAUUCCUCCGUCGCCCUCCCUUCCUCCGUCGCCCUCCCUUCCUCCGUCGCCCUCCCUUCCUCCGUCGCCCUCCCUUCCUCCGUCGCCCUCCCUUCCUCCGUCGCCCUCCCUUCCUCCGUCGCCCUCCCUUCCUCCGUCGCCCUCCCUUCCUCCGUCGCCCUCCCUUCCUCCGUCGCCCUCCCUUCCUCCGUCGCCCUCCAUUCCUCCGUCGCCCUCCAUUCCUCCGUCGCCCUCCCUUCCUCCGUCGCCCUCCCUUCCUCCGUCGCCCUCCCUUCCUCCGUCGCCCUCCAUUCCUCCGUCGCCCUCCCUUCCUCCGUCGCCCUCCAUUCCUCCGUCGCCCUCCCUUCCUCCGUCGCCCUCCAUUCCUCCGUCGCCCUCCCUUCCUCCGUCGCCCUCCCUUCCUCCGUCGCCCUCCAUUCCUCCGUCGCCCUCCCUUCCUCCGUCGCCCUCCAUUCCUCCGUCGCCCUCUCUUCCUCCGUCGCCCUCCAUUCCUCCGUCGCCCUCCCUUCCUCCGUCGCCCUCCAUUCCUCCGUCGCCCUCCAUUCCUCCUUCGCCCUCCCUUCCUCCGUCGCCCUCCAUUCCUCCGUCGCCCUCCCUUCCUCCGUCGCCCUCCAUUCCUCCGUCGCCCUCCAUUCCUCCGUCGCCCUCCCUUCCUCCGUCGCCCUCCCUUCCUCCGUCGCCCUCCCUUCCUCCGUCGCCCUCCAUUCCUCCGUCGCCCUCCCUUCCUCCGUCGCCCUCCCUUCCUCCGUCGCCCUCCAUUCCUCCGUCGCCCUCCAUUCCUCCGUCGCCCUCCAUUCCUCCGUCGCCCUCCAUUCCUCCGUCGCCCUCCCUUCCUCCGUCGCCCUCCAUUCCUCCGUCGCCCUCCAUUCCUCCGUCGCCCUCCCUUCCUCCGUCGCCCUCCAUUCCUCCGUCGCCCUCCAUUCCUCCGUCGCCCUCCCUUCCUCCGUCGCCCUCCAUUCCUCCGUCGCCCUCCAUUCCUCCGUCGCCCUCCCUUCCUCCGUCGCCCUCCAUUCCUCCGUCGCCCUCCAUUCCUCCGUCGCCCUCCCUUCCUCCGUCGCCCUCCAUUCCUCCGUCGCCCUCCAUUCCUCCGUCGCCCUCCAUUCCUCCGUCGCCCUCCAUUCCUCCGUCGCCCUCCCUUCCUCCGUCGCCCUCCAUUCCUCCGUCGCCCUCCAUUCCUCCGUCGCCCUCCCUUCCUCCGUCGCCCUCCAUUCCUCCGUCGCCCUCCCUUCCUCCGUCGCCCUCCAUUCCUCCGUCGCCCUCCAUUCCUCCGUCGCCCUCCCUUCCUCCGUCGCCCUCCCUUCCUCCGUCGCCCUCCCUUCCUCCGUCGCCCUCCCUUCCUCCGUCGCCCUCCCUUCCUCCAUCGCCCUCCCUUCCUCCGUCGCCCUCCCUUCCUCCGUCGCCCUCCCUUCCUCCGUCGCCCUCCCUUCCUCCGUCGCCCUCCCUUCCUCCGUCGCCCUCCCUUCCUCCGUCGCCCUCCCUUCCUCCGUCGCCCUCCCUUCCUCCGUCGCCCUCCCUUCCUCCGUCGCCCUCCCUUCCUCCGUCGCCCUCCCUUCCUCCGUCGCCCUCCCUUCCUCCGUCGCCCUCCCUUCCUCCGUCGCCCUCCAUUCCUCCGUCGCCCUCCCUUCCUCCGUCGCCCUCCAUUCCUCCUUCGCCCUCCAUUCCUCAGUCGCCCUCCCUUCCUCCGUCGCCCUCCAUUCCUCCGUCGCCCUCCCUUCCUCCGUCGCCCUCCCUUCCUCCGUCGCCCUCCCUUCCUCCGUCGCCCUCCCUUCCUCCGUCGCCCUCCAUUCCUCCGUCGCCCUCCAUUCCUCCGUCGCCCUCCCUUCCUCCGUCGCCCUCCAUUCCUCCGUCGCCCUCCAUUCCUCCGUCGCCCUCCCUUCCUCCCUCGCCCUCCAUUCCUCCGUCGCCCUCCAUUCCUCUGUCGCCCUCCAUUCCUCCGUCGCCCUCCCUUCCUCCGUCGCCCUCCAUUUCUCCGUCGCCCUCCAUUCCUCCGUCGCCCUCCCUUCCUCCGUCGCCCUCCAUUCCUCCGUCGCCCUCCAUUCCUCUGUCGCCCUCCCUUCCUCCGUCGCCCUCCAUUCCUCCGUCGCCCUCCAUUCCUCCGUCGCCCUCCAUUCCUCCGUCGCCCUCCAUUCCUCCGUCGCCCUCCCUUCCUCCGUCGCCCUCCAUUCCUCCGUCGCCCUCCAUUCCUCCGUCGCCCUCCCUUCCUCCGUCGCCCUCCAUUCCUCCGUCGCCCUCCCUUCCUCCGUCGCCCUCCAUUCCUCCGUCGCCCUCCAUUCCUCCGUCGCCCUCCCUUCCUCCGUCGCCCUCCCUUCCUCCGUCGCCCUCCCUUCCUCCGUCGCCCUCCCUUCCUCCGUCGCCCUCCCUUCCUCCAUCGCCCUCCCUUCCUCCGUCGCCCUCCCUUCCUCCGUCGCCCUCCCUUCCUCCGUCGCCCUCCCUUCCUCCGUCGCCCUCCCUUCCUCCGUCGCCCUCCCUUCCUCGGUCGCCCUCCAUUCCUCCGUCGCCCUCCAUUCCUCCGUCGCCCUCCCUUCCUCCGUCGCCCUCCCUUCCUCCGUCGCCCUCCCUUCCUCCGUCGCCCUCCCUUCCUCCGUCGCCCUCCAUUCCUCUGUCGCCCUCCCUUCCUCCGUCGCCCUCCAUUCCUCCGUCGCCCUCCAUUCCUCCGUCGCCCUCCCUUCCUCCGUCGCCCUCCAUUCCUCCGUCGCCCUCCCUUCCUCCGUCGCCCUCCCUUCCUCCGUCGCCCUCCCUUCCUCCGUCGCCCUCCCUUCCUCCGUCGCCCUCCCUUCCUCCGUCGCCCUCCCUUCCUCCGUCGCCCUCCAUUCCUCCGUCGCCCUCCAUUCCUCCGUCGCCCUCCCUUCCUCCGUCGCCCUCCCUUCCUCCGUCGCCCUCCCUUCCUCCGUCGCCCUCCAUUCCUCCGUCGCCCUCCCUUCCUCCGUCGCCCUCCCUUCCUCCGUCGCCCUCCCUUCCUCCGUCGCCCUCCCUUCCUCCGUCGCCCUCCAUUCCUCCGUCGCCCUCCCUUCCUCCGUCGCCCUCCAUUCCUCCGUCGCCCUCCCUUCCUCCGUCGCCCUCCCUUCCUCCGUCGCCCUCCCUUCCUCCGUCGCCCUCCCUUCCUCCGUCGCCCUCCCUUCCUCCGUCGCCCUCCCUUCCUCCGUCGCCCUCCAUUCCUCCGUCGCCCUCCAUUCCUCCGUCGCCCUCCCUUCCUCCGUCGCCCUCCCUUCCUCCGUCGCCCUCCCUUCCUCCUUCGCCCUCCCUUCCUCCGUCGCCCUCCCUUCCUCCAUCGCCCUCCCUUCCUUCAUCGCCCUCCCUUCCUCCGUCGCCCUCCCUUCAUCCGUCGCCCUCCCUUCCUCCGUCGCCCUCCCUUCCUCCGUCGCCCUCCCUUCCUCCGUCGCCCUCCCUUCCUCCGUCGCCCUCCAUUCCUCCGUCGCCCUCCAUUCCUCCGUCGCCCUCCCUUCCUCCGUCGCCCUCCCUUCCUCCGUCGCCCUCCCUUCCUCCGUCGCCCUCCCUUCCUCCGUCGCCCUCCCUUCCUCCGUCGCCCUCCCUUCCUCCGUCGCCCUCCCUUCCUCCGUCGCCCUCCAUUCCUCCGUCGCCCUCCCUUCCUCCGUCGCCCUCCAUUCCUCCUUCGCCCUCCAUUCCUCCUUCGCCCUCCAUUCCUCCGUCGCCCUCCCUUCCUCCGUCGCCCUCCAUUCCUCCGUCGCCCUCCCUUCCUCCGUCGCCCUCCCUUCCUCCGUCGCCCUCCCUUCCUCCGUCGCCCUCCCUUCCUCCGUCGCCCUCCCUUCCUCCAUCGCCCUCCCUUCCUCCGUCGCCCUCCCUUCCUCCGUCGCCCUCCCUUCCUCCGUCGCCCUCCCUUCCUCCGUCGCCCUCCCUUCCUCCGUCGCCCUCCCUUCCUCCGUCGCCCUCCAUUCCUCCGUCGCCCUCCAUUCCUCCGUCGCCCUCCCUUCCUCCGUCGCCCUCCCUUCCUCCGUCGCCCUCCCUUCCUCCGUCGCCCUCCCUUCCUCCGUCGCCCUCCAUUCCUCCGUCGCCCUCCAUUCCUCCGUCGCCCUCCCUUCCUCCGUCGCCCUCCAUUCCUCCGUCGCCCUCCCUUCCUCCGUCGCCCUCCAUUCCUCCGUCGCCCUCCAUUCCUCCAUCGCCCUCCCUUCCUUCGUCGCCCUCCCUUCCUCCGUCGCCCUCCCUUCCUCCGUCGCCCUCCAUUCCUCCGUCGCCCUCCCUUCCUCCGUCGCCCUCCAUUCCUCCGUCGCCCUCCCUUCCUCCGUCGCCCUCCAUUCCUCCGUCGCCCUCCCUUCCUCCGUCGCCCUCCCUUCCUCCGUCGCCCUCCAUUCCUCCGUCGCCCUCCCUUCCUCCGUCGCCCUCCAUUCCUCCGUCGCCCUCACUUCCUCCGUCGCCCUCCCUUCCUCCGUCGCCCUCCCUUCCUCCGUCGCCCUCCCUUCCUCCGUCGCCCUCCCUUCCUCCGUCGCCCUCCCUUCCUCCGUCGCCCUCCCUUCCUCCGUCGCCCUCCCUUCCUCCGUCGCCCACCCGUCCUCCGUCGCCCUCCCUUCCUCCGUCGCCCUCCAUUCCUCCGUCGCCCUCCAUUCCUCCGUCGCCCUCCCUUCCUCCAUCGCCCUCCCUUCCUCCGUCGCCCUCCCUUCCUCCGUCGCCCUCCCUUCCUCCGUCGCCCUCCAUUCCUCCGUCGCCCUCCUUGCCCAGUACAAGGCGAUCCGCAUGACAGCACUCACAUGCUUCCUGCACAUGCCAGCGCCCACCCUGCAGUACCUCUCCCACAUGCAUGACGUCAUCUUCCAGCCAAUGUUCGCCCUGGCAGCAGGAGAGUCAGUGCCAGCAGUGCAAGCAGCACUGAUGAAGGAGUCCCAGAGACCAAAGGCAUGCCUCAUUGCAAGAGCCGCCAUUGCCAUCCACUUCUUCCUCGUGCUCUGCGUUGAGUCUCUUCUCGCAUGGCCGCAUGCUGCUGCUCCAAGCCUGCUUCUCGUCUUCCGUUCUCGUGAGUGCCAUCGCUGCACAGUCCGAUCUACUGCAAUGUGGUCCCUCGCCAACAUCUCAGAGCGUCUGCCACCCAUGCACUGUAGCAGCACACACUGUAGCAGCACACACUGUGGCACUAGUCACUCCAGCAGGGAAGGUUCUGGCACCACACUGGGCACGCACGUUGGUGGGGAAUCGAGUGCAGCUUGGUGGAGGGCGUCUGACGUUGAAGCCCUCGCCCGCACUGCUGUGAAAGGAGCAGGCGACAAUGAUAAGGUCAAAGCCAGUGCCGUUCGGCUGCUGGGGGCUCUCGCCUGCUCCUGCUGCUUCUGCCACCGCUGCUGCCCACACACCGAUGCAGCAAACCCUGCCAGACCAUGCUGUUGUGGUCGCCACACCACCACUGCCACACGCCUCUCCUGCUCCUCAACAGCUGCUGAGACUGGAGGAGGGCAGUUGAAUUGCCUCCAGAAUAAUGGCCGGUGCUGCUGUGAGUGUCAACAGGCAGUGGGGGGUGAAGCAGCGGAGGCAUGUGAAAAUGAUAGGGGAAGUGGUGGCAGGUCAAGUAGUGGUGGUUGUAUCGAAGGAGAUCAGCAUCCGCAGAUGCAGCAGUGUCCCGGUGAUAGCUGUAUCAGCAGCACAGCCAAUGCUGGCUUGACUCAAAUUGUUAGACUUGCAUCUGAAGCAGCCGGGGCUGCACCAUCAGAGAGGAGUGCAGAAGCAGGAAACAUUCACAUGCAUAGGAGGGAAGCUGAGAAUCAAGAGACAGCAAGUGCACAGGAGGAGGUGGAGGAGGAGAGGGAGAGCAGUGGUGGAGUGGCGGGGGCGUGGCAGGAGCGAGUGGUUGAAGCCAUUCUCUCAUGCGCCUUGCAGACCAACCCCAAGGUGCAGUGGAGUGUGUGUGCAGCGCUCUCCCUCUUCCUCCAGAACCCCUCCGUGCACCUCCCAUCCUCUCGCUGGACUGCCCCUGUGCUGGCCACACUGCAGGCUCUCUUGCAGCGCUCCUCCAACUUCAAGAUCCGCAUCCACGCCGCCGCUGCACUCAUCCAGCCAUGCACAAGGGCAGACUACGGCCCAGAGUUCAGUGCGAUCCUGCACGCCCUGGUCUCGUCGCUCGCCUCUCUUGACGUGGAUGAGCAGCAGAGUGCGGUGGAGCAGCGGUACAAACCGGUGCUGAGGGAUCAGAUCGCAGCGACACUCCUCCACAUGACCUCGCUGGCUUCACCUCAAGACCUGAGCAUCAUCCGGCCGAUGUUGCAGCAG